AUGAACUUGUCAGGCAGCUAUAACGAUCUUGAUGUAGAUGUUCUUAUCCUACAACAUGCAGACCGAGACAUCUCUCCAGCAGAUACAGAGCAGGUCACCGUUGGAGUCUGCAUAACCGCUGGAGAUAGCCAUGUCGCCGGCUCUGGUUCUGAAGGCAGGCUUACUUGCACCGAGCGACAGGGAAUCAAGAUCAGGCCUAAACCGGAGACUGUCGUCUCCAAGCGACUUGAAAUGACUCAACAACUCGCCGCCAUAUUCCAUAAGCAACAGGACGCCACCCAGAGCGCCCCUAAGAACACUGUCGACCAGGAGAGCACCCCCUGGAAGAAAUGCAUCACCUGCACCAAGCCCCGACCUUCCACCGACUUCCAGAAGGAUUCUGAUGUCGAUAAUUUCUGUGUAAACCUUUAA